AUGGGAAAAACAAAAUGUUGUGAUCAACAUGGAGUGAAGAGAGGAGGUUGGACACCAGAAGAAAAUGAAACAUUUGUUGAAUAUAUUAACAACCAUCGACAUGGAAGUUGGAGAACACUCCCUAAACUAGCAGGUUCAUGUUUCCUGUAUAGAUGUGGAAAAAGUUGUCGACUUCAAUGGAUAAAUUAUCUUCGGCCGGACAUAAAGCGAGGACCAUUUACUAAUGAGGAAGAAAAUACAAUUAUUCAGUUUCAUGUUAUGUUUGGCAAUAGGUGGGCCGUUAUAGCAUCCCAACUACCAAGAAGAACAAACAACGAAAUAAAGAACUACUGGAACACACAACUGAAGAAGCGUCUCCCUCAGUCGGGAAGCAUGAUGCAUAGUGUUGUCAAACCCGAAUCUCCUUCAAAAUACCAUACGGCGCAAUGGAAAAGUGUGAGAGUUGAGGCCGAGACAAGGUUAUCAAUGGAAUCAUCAUUGCUUACUUCAUUACCAACAAGUGAAAGUAAAACACGUUCUCAUUACUCUCUUCAACUUUGGAAUUCUGAAGUCGGAAAUUUGUUUAGAAUGAUCAAAGGAAAUAGUGUAGUGUGUCGAAGUAAUAAUGUCUCAGAAGCAUCAUUGUCGUCGAAAUUGGAAUCAUGUUCAGAUGUCACAUUGCAGGUUAAAAACAUCGAAAGUGGUACCUUGGUGAACAAGUCACAAGAAGAACAAGGUAUUGGAUAUAAACCAAAGCUUGAAGAUGGCACAAUAGAGUCAAAAUCAAGCUAUUAUGAAUUACUUGAUUCAUCUGAUUCUGCAUUAAAUAUAUUUCUAGAUAUGAAUGAUGAUCAAAUAGGAUCUUCAGGACAAAAUGAAAGUUUUCUCGAUACACUUUAUGGUAAAUUUGACUAA